GACAUUCGGACACCUGCCAACCCAUCACAAUCAGCGCCCUCCUAUCUCCUCCACCCUCUCCCCCUGAGAACAGAGCCUCUCCAACUGAGCAACACAAGAAUUUUAUCCACCCUCAACUUCUGCCCGUCGCAAAUGGAGGCAGUGGCAGCAGCGGCUAGCUCCUCUGUCUUGCUGUCGUUUUCCAGCCCCAGGAGAUCAACGGCAGCUACCUUCCUCCGCCUCUCCACGGCGUCGCCUCGCAUCACGUGCUCCACCACACAGCAGAUUCCCCUCGCUGCGCCAUGGUUGUUGAGCACAAGAAGAAGCAGCAGCAUCCUUUCGUUGAGGUGCUCCUCCGCCUCCACCGGCAGCCCGUCGGCCGUCGUCUCUACGGAGCGAUGGAUUCUUGAGCCCGCAGGAGACGGCGACUGGAAACACAUCGGCUACCGCGUCGCCCGGCCCGGCGCCAUCGAGAUCGCAUCCGCAUCUUGUUCAUCUCAGGGAGCGAUGACCGUGGGACGAGUUCCGGAGAACGCCGACGUUGUCAUCCCCGUCGCGACAGUUUCUGGGGUGCACGCUCGGCUGGAGAAGAAGGAUGGGAGCCUGGUGGUUACGGACAUGGACAGCACCAACGGCACCUACGUUAACGAGAGGAAGCUGGUGCCGGGAUUCCCAGUCGCCGUCCAACCCGGGAGCCUGCUCAUCUUCGGUGACAUCCACUUGGCAAUGUUUCGGGUUAGGAAGACUAUCGUCGAUGUAGCAGCCGAGGCCAGCAAAGAUGACCAGCAGGAAGCCGAGACUGUGCUAGCAAGUGCAGUUCAAGAAACAAGCUAGCGUACCUUUCAAAACAAGCGAGUGCGCCUCAGGAUCGAGGUACUAUGUAUGUACGCAGUACGCUACCCAGAAAUAGCUUGUAGUACGAGUAAGAGAAAUUUUCAACAGCUCGUCCUCAAGGAACAGGUCAUUCACACAAACCCGCGCUGGAUUUCACGCCAAAGGCUGAUACAAAUGUUUAAAACAUAGGCGGACUGUUUCUGCUUUGUGAAUGUGUCUAACGACAACGCAAUGGCAGAAAGUUGAAAAUGGAGAUACGGAAUAAAAGCUGUGUCUGAAUAAA